AUGGCUCCAAAGUAUGACUUGGCCAUGCCAAAUGGGCGUUCUUUGACUUGGAUUUUUGAUCAUUGUUUACGAUUCCCGACUACGUAUGAAAUCCCGAUGGCUGUGAUGUACAAGAUCAAUUCUCACCCCAACGAGCCGACAAAGUACCAUAAUUUUGAUGAUCUUCCUCGAUACAACCCUCCAACUGAAACUGUUGUUGAGGCCAUCAUGCGUCGCGAUGCUGGAAUCAAGCUCAAGAGAGAUUCCAAGAGCUCCUCCAAGAGCUCCUCCACCAUUGAUGCUGCAGCUGAUUUCCGCGCCAUGAUGAUUCAUUCCAUCAGCCAUCUUCCUUCUCAGCCAUGCACAAUUCUUCCCUCUUUGCUUAUCUCUUACAUCCGCCGCUGCUUUGUUUCUGAGGUGGAGAAGGUCGAUUUCCCACACGCGAUGUAUGCUAUUGAUUAUCUGAAAGACCUUGAUUUUCGCUGGAAGAAGGAGUUUGAAAAAGCGUUGGAUACUCUGGGCAUCACUCGUGGGGAUGUCGUGGACCCUCUCAGCUCUCCGCUCUCCCGACGAUUCCCUGGCAACAUGGCCUGGAUUGAGAAAAUGUUUGCAUCCGCCCGCGACCUGGAGACUUACUACACCCAACUCUACCUGGGUCUGCGUCGCUGGACUCUGGUCAACGCGAUGAUGCUUGAUCCAAAGGACAAGGCCAAUCAUAUUGCCAUGCUCAACUCUCUGUUUCCGCCCGCCGAUAAAAACACCUUUAUUCCCACUGCAAAUAUGAAUCAUGUCACUCUCCAAGGUCACCGUGAGGGUCUUUUCAAGUACAUCAAUGCUGUGUACGACCAUGGCAUCAAAAUCUUGGAUCCUAUCGUUACUUAUGGUGCUCGUCCCGGGUACAACACCAUCUGGAUUGACUGCUGGGAGACCUUGGAUAAAUAUUUGAUCCUGGUCAACCAGACGAUCGACGAAUGCCAACUGAUCACUGAUCCUCCUGUUCAGGAAGAGCCCGUGACUCCUCGCAAGGGUCGCAAGGUCGAUUCUGGCAUCAGUUUUGGAUCCGGCAGCAUGAUUCACCCAUCGGAGUUUGGUGGUGAUAAGCCUUUGCCUAACUUCCCGCUUCCUCCCACCGAGGAUUCUAAGCCGGUUGGAUCAUCUCUGGAGCGCCUUGGGAAGGAAAUCAAGCGCAUGGGUCUUGGCAGCAACACCCUCAAGAAGAUGAAGUCCAUGUCCGCUCUUAGUAUGCGUCCUCGCAGCCAGGGGAGCCAGCAGAGCCCACCCGUGCCAACCUCGCCCAACAAGAGCGUCUACGAAGGGUCCUUCUUUGAGAUCGAUGAUGAGAAGCGUCGCCGUCUGGUUGCUGAGGCCUUGCGCCGCAAGCCUCGCCCUACCUCUGCCAACGACAAGAAGUCCGCCGCGAGGAAGUAG